CAAAAAUAACCUUGUUUGUUUAUUUUCUGCCGAGUUUCUGCUGUCAGUGUUGUCAAUGUUGAUCGGUGAAAGCCUGAGGUUGGCAGUUCAUUUCUUUAAUAUGAGGAUGAGUAAUGAAAAAAGAACACUUUGGAUUAUCGUUAGGAUUGGUGAUGGUGAGGAAUAACUCCCCACGCAACUCGCAUUGUUUGAACAAAUUGGUUCCUUGUCAGAUUCAAGAAAUGUUUCCUUAUUUAAGCUUUUAAUUAAGCUUAAAAGUCGCCUCAUCAACGUUAAUCUAUUUUAAGCUUACUCUUACUCAUCGCCUUUUUUGUGUUUGUGAAUAGAAGUGUCUGAUUUAAAACAAUUCCAGUUCACUGAAGCCACGGAAGAGGAAGAUGAAACAUACGCCAAAGCUGAGUUCUUGGAGGUGAUAAGAUUACUGAUUUUUUCAGGGCCCGCCCAGGGGGAGGGCCUCUGCAGGGGGGAGGGGGGGGCGGGGGUUAGUGAAAAAAGAGAGAGUCUCCAGAUUUUAGAUCUCCCAGGUUGGUAUCUCUGUACAAUGUGCACCGGCAAAUAGACGCGUUCAAUUUAUUUAUUGUUUUUUCAGGCUCUUGUUGAACAGCUUGACAUAUCUGUUAAAGAGAAAGGAAAUGUUCUCAAGGUAACAAUGUACUGAUCUAGUUCUUUAAGUAAGAGGGUAUGCAUUGUAAUUUAUUUUUCAAUCAUGAUCAUUGACUCCCUUUUGAAACCUUAAGUCUCAGUGUCAAAAUAUGCAAAUAGGUAUGGUUCACAUCUGUCAGCUAGCAAUCCAGCACAUCGUCAGUGGUUGUAAUCAAGGUUUGAAAUUAUAUGUUGACUUGUCACAUUUCAUUUUUGAUUCUUACUUGUUGUUUGGUUUGUUUACCUGUUUGUGUUUUCGUUAUUAAUAUAAAUAAAUAUUUUUAGUGAGUGUGUGUUUUUGUUUAGAUUGUACAUGUGAAAUCCUUGGGGAACUUUCGGUGCAGUGAAACCCCGCUAUAACGAAGCCGACCAUAACAAAGACUCCGUUAAGACAAAAAAUGUCUGAAAGCCCAGCAGUCAAUUACAGUAACAGAUGCGGAAACGAUCCCUGCUAUGAUGAACCCCGCUAUAAGUAAUAACAAAAUCUCACUAUAAUGAAUAGAUUUGACGGUCCCAACACACAAUUUACCCCACUGUAACAAAUAUUUUGUCUGGUUGUUAGCAGCAGUCAGUAAAAACGACAAAUUUGAGUUGAAAUCACUGCUUGCUUCAAUUGAAAGUGUUUUUGAAUCUGAUGUCUUGAUUUUCAGCACUAUACACUUACAGUAUCAUGUGUUUUCUACAUCCAGUAUUGAAUUUUGGUAAUUAUUAUUUAUUAAAUUACCCUGCUAUAACAAAUAUUUUUGCUGUUAAUGGGGUCUUUAUGAUAACGAAGACCCCGCUACAAUGAACAAUUUUUUCGGUGCUGUGGCACUUCGUUAUAGCAGGGUUCCACUGAAACUGACUCAAACAACCUUCAGCUGUUUUCUUUUUUUCUUUUUUGUUUUGUUUGUUAUUGUAACAGUUGAGAAAUGGAAGAGGAUCACUGAUACCUUUAAGCAGGCGAACUCCAGAAAAUACUGUAACAAGGUUAGUCCUGCUAAUAUUUUAGAUGUCCUUUUUUCCCUGAAGACAUCUAUUAAAUUGGAAGGACUUUUUAUUACAGCGUAACUUGACACAUAAACAAGUUUUCUUCCAAACUAUUUCAGCUUUUAAAUAGCCCAUUUUACAGUUACAGUGGGAAAUCAGGCUGGAGUUGACCUUGUUUUGAUACAACCCUCCUGCUUUCUUCUGUAAACCAUGUUGUUUUUGUGCUAAUUAAUAGUAUUUUUUAAGCAUAAUUUGCAUAAGAAAGGGAAAAAUGUUUUUAUCAAAACAAGCUCUACCUCAGCUUCAUGGUCACUCAAAGGCUAGAAUACUAGCUAAGCCCACUAAUCAUUUUUGUAGUAAAUGGAAUUGAUUUGUGGAAAUGCUAAAGGUGAUUCCAAGUUAAGAUUUACCACUCCUGAAUUUUGCUUACCAUUAACAUUUGCCCAAACCAUGAACUGCCAUUUUUCCAGCUGAGGUUCCUUGUUGUAUAGGGCAACUUCAAACUUAUCUUCAGUAAAAGUACCUUGGUAGUUAAUUUGGAUUAAAACUGUUAAGUUGCGGACUCAUGUGUGAAAAAAAAUUUCCAAGAUACCAUUUAAACUAGUCUGCAUUGCAGAUGAAACUAUCUUCUGAGUGGUUAAGCCCAUCUGCCAAACAGCUUAUAGAGUAUUCUUUACAGAAUUUUGUGUACAUUAAUUUUGCAUUACAUUUAGGAUGCUAUCAAAAGUUAACAUUAUUUUUGUCUUUGUUCGAACAGCCCUUAUGUUCUUGAAGUUUGCAAGAGGCACUCUUCAGGUAAAAAAUAAAACCUUUUUAACAAAUCAAAAUGCCAAGUUGUCUUAAACAAUUUUUUUUUCAAAACUUACAGGCCUAAAUUUCAAAGUGCAGUUUUCACAUAAGUGUCAAUAAUUAUUUGCUUUGUCAUUGCAUUGUUUUUCAAAGAAUAAUGAUACAGAAAAGAAACACAACAUGUCUUGUAUCAAUCUGCUGUUGCUUGGGUUUGCCUACAUACAAUAAAGAAAAGGGAGUUUAAGUGAUGGCAACAGCAACAGCAGCAAGAACGACAAAAAAGCAAUGACUUUUAAUAAUGCGAGUGCAUUGUACUUUAUUAUUAACCUCAAUGCCAUGGUUAGUACAUGACUUUGACGUGUGCCAACAUUUGAUGUAUUGAAUGAGGUGAAAUACUGAUACCAUGUAGCAUGAAAAUUUUGCAGGUUCUAAUUUUUGCGAAUUUUGUGGAUUGACCUUGAUCCGCAAAAAUUAGUUCCCGCAGAAAAAAAACCCACAAAAUAAAACACCGCAAAAAUUAACUCCCUUCAGUCAAAGUAAAAACUCUGCUUUAAAUGGACUUGUUGUGUAUGGUAGGGAUAGGCUUUUGUUUUGUUUUGCUGUUGUUCAGUCCCUUUGUGCAGUAAGAUAUUACAGUAAUUACCGUAUUAUCAGGGUCGUAACAUGGUAUAUCCAGGACCCAUUGAUCCCUAUUCUCUUGCCGUUAUUUUGAUCCCUGAGCCCCAUUUUCCCCAACAUUUUGAUCCCUGAGCCCUGAUAAAGAAAAUGAUCCCAUCCAUGUUUUUACACAAAAUUUUAACUUAGACAACUUUGUUUAUCUCCAAAUAUAGAAUAUAGAACAUGCUCAAAUGGGCUGAUGAGAAAAACAUUAACUUUAAUUUUUAGUGCAAGUUGUAGGUUCUAUCAGAGCAUUAAAGACAAUAUAAGUCAACCUCUUUUUGUGCAUUAUUCUAUUUAAAACACUUUAAAUAUAAUGUUUGGCGAUACUAGACAAAUGUUAAAACCUCAUUUUCUUGAACGGGAGCUUUAGUAAGAUACCAAAUGUAAGUUAUUGUUAAUUUAUACAUUAAAAGUAGUCCACUUCCCUUUAAGUAUCGUACAUCUUGAAAGAUCUUGCGGCGGAAUCUUGAUUUUUCAGAUGUAACGUUCAUCAGGAGUAUUUACAAGGUUUAUUUUCAGUGUUGCUCAUACGAGCAAGGCUACCCGGAGGUUUAUAAGCCAAUCACAAGACAGCAUUGGAUUCAAAAUUCGAAUAAAUACAAUUUAGUCAAAGAGUAAACACAGCUAGCGCUGGUUGGUCCCCGGUUGAGUUAACGUCACUGUAACGUACUUCUGAACUAAGGUCUUCCUCUAGCUUUCCAAUUCCUGUCCCAUACGAACAUCUGCUUGCCCGGAUAACUUGUCCAGUUAAUCAUUGUCCGAGCUGUGUGGGUCACAGAUGUUUUAUUUCCAAAGAGACUCUUGCAACCAAAAAUUUCACGUCGGCCGUGUUACUGGUCUACAAUAUUGAUGUUAAUAAAGUGUAAUUGUUUGUCUCACGAUUCAGUCACUGAAUGAUGUAGCAGAUCGCGACGUUUCAACUUCGUAUAUCAAGUGUUCAUGAGAAAAAGCAACACUUAAAGACCUUGCCUUGCUAGUCCUCGUCGACUGGUCACACGUGAACUUGUAUGACUCCAAGAUCUGGUUCUGGUUGGUCGAUUAUUAGCCGCUGAGAUUGGUGUAUUUCUUACUCCAUUGUUUGUAUGAGCUUUUUCCUCACUGGUCCACUGUCGUACGGAUCUCCUAUUGCUGUGUUUCUUGAUUAAGGGCAACCGAGCUUCUGGACUUUCUAUUCUGCUAUCCCUGUUGAUGUUGUUAGAGUGUAGCCUUAUGUGAAUUUUCUCUUUCAUUCUGUGUGUGUUACAGUGAGGAUCACGAUCAAUUAACAAUAGCAAAAUACCUGCUUUACAUGAAGUAGAAAAAUUAAAAGAUGCAAGCCACAGGUUCUACAGUUUAACAGUUUUUCUUUUUCCUGGCUUAAAAACCAUUGUUGAUUGACAGUGGACAUACCUGGUUGUAGCUAUAGGUCUUCCUGACCUACUCCUUCCAGCUUCAAAUCUAAUUGGCUCUGAAAAGUUGUCCGCCUAAGCUUGCUCCCCUUCCUCUUCGUCACCACCUGACGCAGGGGAAUCAUCUGAUUCAACUGGCCCCUGGAGCAAUGCAACUAGGCGUUGCUCUUCAAGGCAGCUCAAACAGAAGUUGUUUCCAUCUUUUAUUAUUCGAACUUUCCUGAUGAUACACUUAGGUGACUUUCUAUCGUCACGGUGACCAGUCUGGUAUACAAGGGGAUCUUCUUCUGACUGUUCCAGCCAUCUCAAACCCAUGUGAUCUUCCAGGAAUGCGUCACCGUUACGGUGGAGAUCUUUCAAAACAAAGGAAUGAUAUACCUCUUGUAAUUGUGCUUGAGAGCAACUAUGUCGCCUUUUGAAUAGAUAAUCUCAUAUGAAGUGUAGUUUGUCCUUAAUCUCCAUGUGCCGACGCAUUCCUUCUGAACAUACUCAGAGCAAGUGGAAGUGUACCAGCUCUUCCUUUGGUCUUCCCUCUCGUUCGUUGCUGUCGUACACCCCGUCGUAUCGCUCCUUUCCCUCCACGCUCGUUUCCUCGUCCAUAUCCUCCUUAACGUUUACUCUUGCCGUGCAACUUUCGAAGCCAUUCCGGUGCCUUUGGACCCAGCUUUCUCUGUGUGUAAUGGCUUCGAGGACCAGUAUAAAAGAUAAAUGAGGAUUGGUAGAGCCUCUCUAUUGAUUCUAAAAGGCAGCUGGGCCGCCGUGAUGCGUAGUCGUUCAGAGCGGGUGUUCUCUCUCCACUAAAAAAUUCAGGCUCCAAAUCUAAGGUGGUGAUAUCUUUCGUGGCCAACCGUUACAUAAGCCGAGGCCGAAUAGCCCAAAGGGCCGAAAAAAUUCUUGCAGAUCAAUAUUAUCACUAAGAUCUGUAAAUUUUGUGCAAAACAAAAUAGCCACUGCACGAAUGAGGUCUGAAAAAAUCUUGCACGAAAAAAAAUAACCCAUCCCCGGCUCAAAAAUCAAAUAGUGGGCCCCUUACUGGUGGCCCUUCAUGCUGAGUGCUAUAAUAUAUUUACUUCCUGCAGACUCUGCUACUUGUACCUAGUAUGCAAAAUUCCUUUCACCAAUUCAACCGUUUAUUUUAUAUUUUAUAAAAAAAACUAAAGAAAUAAAAUAUGAAGGUUUUGUUACUUUUAUUUCACCGAGGUAAGUCGUUGGUGUUCCACUUAUUUUCACUAAUUCUACACUGUAAACAAGCAUUUAUCAGUUAUACAGAAAUGGAAUGUGUCCUUUACUUUCCCGGUCCAAAACUAGUACUGGUAGGUGAACCGAUCUCGGUUUCUCAUCAGAGUUCGAGAUAACCCUAACCCUGCAAUUAGAGCAGAUUUAUUAAAUUGCGAGGAAGCAUUUAUUUUGCAACAAAGCGCGCGAAUUCAUAUAAUUUUUAUUGCACUUUUGUAUUCUACUUUUGACGUCUAUUCUGACUAAUUAUUUAAGCACUUUUAAGAGUUAAGUUACUGGUCAAAAAAUACGAACCUCGAUUUAUAGUCGCCUUGCGACUUGCUUGAGGCGAUGAGACAAUCGGGACCUAUGCAGUAAAUUCCGCUUUUAACGAAUCGGUUUGUCUAUUGUCCUGGCGGUAUAUUGUUAUGUUUGAUCGGCCGAAAAACUCUAUGCUUGGACCCUUACCAGGAGUAAAUCAGUCAAGGAAGUACUUACGUACCUUUCUCUGUCACAGGAUUUCUUUUUGUCCUUUUUCUUCUUCCCCAUUUCUCGCCAAAAAAGAUAUGUAAAAUCCCUUUCUCUGCCUUCUGGCAUUGACAGAGCGUUGAGGAGUUGCGUUACAAAGCGAGAAAAGUGACUUGAGAUUCAUAUUCCGGUGCCCUCAACAAUUAAUAAAUUAAGAAUAUGAUACCAUGUUUUGGUCAAACAACCAGGACUUCGUAUGACAGGAACUGCCGUCAGCUGGAAGCAAGAAUGGGUAAUGUAACUUGGCCAGGAAAUUCUAUGGACACAAACCUUAUUAUGCGGAAAAAUAUUGUGAUAAGAGGGUUUUAGACCGUGUAAUAAAUCUGAUCCCUGAUUUGGGCUCAAAAGCCUUGUGAUCCCUGAUCCCAUUCUUCUGAGCCCUGAGCCCUUUCCUCUGAGCCCUGAUCCCAGUCCUAUUUUGGGCUUUGAGCCCUGAGCCCAUAUACCAUGUUACGACCCUGGUAUUAUUCUCCAUUAAAUAUGUAAGUAGAGUGAACUUUGACUCAACAUACCGUAAAAUAAAAGUUGAAAAUACCAUAUUAAGGUUUCUUCCACUUAAAUAUUCUGCUACUUGAACAGAGAGUCGCAAAAAUUAGUUCCCACCAGAAAUUUCAGUCAUCUCGAACCUCAAAAAUUUGUUCCCGCAAACCACAAAAAAUCGCCAAUCCGCAAAAUUUUCAUACCACAUGGUAGAAGUGAAAUUCUAGAAGCAGAAUUUUCUCUUAGAGUUGACUGAAUUUGAAAGACUUGGGCAAAAUAUUGACAAUGAUACUUCAUCCUCCACCUACCCCCGCCCCCCUUCUUCAAGCAAUGUUGUGUUCAAAAAAAGAACCUAUUUUCAUCCAUCCACCCAUUGUUUGUAAAAUUCAACAUCGUUUGGGGUUGGACAGGGAGCUAACCAAGUGAGGUCCCAACACUUUAGUACCUCCAUUUUAAGCAUAUUAUCAGUGAUGCAAUGUCCUCAAAAAAAUUUGCCAGUUAAAUGGUUAUAAGUGACGUUUAUGCUGGCGUGGCAGUCAUGGUUGCUUAAGCGUAAACAGUUCUCUCAACUGUGUGUCAUGUUUUCAGUAAAACCCUCUCCCAGAAGAGCUGAUGUUCCAAGUUACAAUGAGACUUACAAGAGGAAGUUACAGUUGUUUGGCAAAAGGGUGUGAUACAGAUUGUUUAUGUCAUUUCUAUAAAUUUAUAUGUUGUAAUAAUCAAAUGUGUAAGCUAAAACCAAUAAGAAGAAGUGAUUUUUCCGGGAUCAUCAUGAUGUACCAUUGUUAAGGUAAAAGUAAAAACAAACGUAUUAUGCAUAGCUACUUGUAGAAUCGUUUACCAAAUUAACAUUUUGCUGAUGGUAACGAAUGAAAAAGUUACGCAAAUACUUUUUAUGAUAUUGAGUACCACUGCACCUUGGAACUAGGUCAUUCAGUGGCAGAACUACACUUAAGGGGAGAUUUAGCUUAACCUAGGGAGCUCACCCCCGCAUUUUUAGAUACUGAGUCGGGUUCGGUAUGUGAGAAUUGACUGCAUUCACAGGCGAAUCCCAGGGCCAGCUUUAAAUUAAUUUAUUCAAAAUACUGGGAAUUUCAAUAAAUGGAGGGCUCGCCAAGUUACAUAGCUUUUAUUUCAUAAAUCCAAGAGAAAUAGAGCUUAAGUAAAAAAAAAUCCAAAGCAUUCAAUAAUGGAGAUUCUACGGGUAUUUUCUUUAGCAGUCGUUACAGGUGGCUAAUGACGCAUCUAUUUACUACUUUAAUUCUGUGACAUGUAUUUUCAGAUAAGCAAACUAGAAGAGACGAUUCCAAAACUUUCUCACUUGCGAGAUGCAAAACUCAGUUCUGUGAGUAUUAACAGUUUUUACUGCCCUUUCACAACUUUAAUACUUUACAGUGUUAAAAUUGUGAAAGCAAAACUAACAACUGAAAUCGAAAUUUGAGAACUUUAAGAUACGAGUGUAAGUCUUGUUAACAGUUCUUCAUUUGUCUGCACUCGCCAUGAGAGCACAGACUCAAACAAUUUAACUUUAUCCUCAUAACAUUAUGCCUUUGUAAUCAACUAAGGUGAAAAAUAAUAAUCAUAGUGAGAAAUAAAUCGAAACAUUCAGUCUACUGCGAGAAAUGAACACGUUGUUCAUAAGUGUGCAAGUUAGUCCCAUGGUAUGAAGCUAAAUGAGAUACAGUUCUGAAGUUCGGUCAAUAAUCAUACAGUAAACUACAUAUGCUUUUUCGGUUGCCAAACUGAAUCGCGAAUUUUUGCAAACUGCUCUAGUUUCAAAUCAUUACUUUUGUUUUAUCCUUUUUUUUGUUAUUAAUGCAGUAAUUUAUUAUUCAGUUCCUCUAAUCAAUAAAUUGUUGUUUUUCGUUUUCAACAAACAGGAGAUGAAACACUUAGAGCAGAGAUUGAGCUUCCUGAAUUCCAAGCUUCAGGUGUGUGACGUGUUUGACCAGCUCAUAACUGAUAAAGUAAUGAAGCUUGUAGUGCAUCAUCAUCUUUUCUUUGUUGUUCUUCCUUUAUACAGGAGGCAGAAUCAAGACAGUGGAAGGGGAUGUUUACCAAACAUCCUCUGUGGUAAACAAUUGCAGCGGAAUCUUUGUCGUGCAAGUGUUAAUGUAUAACUCUGUAUCCUUGACGUAUGAUAAGCCAUUGCUUGAUAGGCGAAGCCCUCAUCAGAAAUAUUGUGUGUGACAUCCUUCUUUGUAGUCAUUUUGAGCGGCUUUGGACGGUGUUGCACAAGGAAUAUCUGAUAUAUCGGUCAACAAAGUUUUCAGUGAAAAGUAAUGGUUCCACUUCUUCUCGAUAUUUAAAAAUCAGUAAUAGUUUCGUGAAGUGACAAGGGAAUAAGAAUUCUUAUGCUAAUGAGGAAAACAAAGAUUCGUCAGUAAAAACCUCAUUUAGAUAACUUCUUGAAUAAAAAAACUAGAAAUGAAUUCUGAAACGUGUCCUUAAAUCACUUCAUCAUAAAAUAACCCAAUCAGGUAGGAACUCGAGCAACACAUUUUUUUUUUUUCAUAAUUAUU